AGCGAGUUGAGGGACGAGCUGUGGUUUAUUGAGUUCGGGCGUGGAGCAGCCUUACCAUUAACGCCCGAAGAGGCGCCAACAGACGGGGAGCCAGUGGUGCCUUGUGCCCAAGGUCGUAUUGUAAUUGAAACGAGCCAUCCAGCACCACCGCAUUUUGCCACCUGUUUAACUUACCGUCAUGCGAUAGCGAUAUCAUCAACAGAAACACCGCCCACAAUAUCCCCGAAAUUAUUUCAAACGGCAAACGCAUCAUCUGUGGGUUCGACUGCCGAUCCGUCAUACGUUAGCCAGUUGAUGAGCCGUGGCGCCGUUGCAAAAGGUCUUUAUCACCGUCAACACUCAAUAAAUCAACCACAGAGUCCGGCAAUAAGGCCUGAGGACUUGCGUGUGACACCCUGGUUCAGCACCACUGCAAACACAACGACAACAACAAUCGACGACUCAAUCACCGACUCGACCCAGGGACUUGAUCGGCCUUUCGAUCAAACCAGCUCGUAUCCCUCUUCUUCAUCUUUCUCCCGUAACAAUGAUAAGUAUUAUCCAUCUUUGUCAGCAAGACCGGAUCUCUAUUCAACCAGAGGCAGCAGCAUUGACAGCGACAGCGUGCCAAUUAAAAUUAUAUCUUCAGCCCCGAGGAAAGCUUACAUGGAUUUAAGUGACGCUAUUGCGUUGCUCGACGAAACUUGUCCCAAUCCGGACGCAAGCCCCUCAUUGACACCAAGAACACCCAGAACGCCGCUCAAUUUAAACAACUCGAGAAAUAAACGCGCGCGUUCUAAAAGUAGCGACAAUUCAUCAAAUUACAGCAACGAACGUCUCAGCGAUCGUUCGUCGACCACUGACGGUUACAAAGAAAAACGACGGCCAUUUUUACAAAAAAUCGGUAUUUCUAAAACGGAAGAUCGACCUUUUUUAUCUAAAAUAGCGCCUAGGAUUAUUGGAAAACCUUAUUUAGAAAAAAUAGGACCAAGCAAAGCUGUUGAGCGACCGUUUUUAGAUAAAAUUGGAUCCUCUAAAACGUUAGACAAAUUUAAUUUUGAAGCUUUGCGCGACUUGCCACGUGCCAUGAUUCGCAGAACGCAAACAAUUGUUGAACCCUCUAUCGAACGAACCCGUGAGGAGCCCAGCAGAGAUGUUAUAUUGGUUGUUGAAGAGGAAGAAGUCGAAGAACCGCAGCUUAAUAAUAUAUGUAUUGAUCGUAAACGCAGUGGUAAAGGUCUUUUGUUGAAGAUGUAUUCCUUUGAAACAGAAGAUCUUGAUGAAACCACGUCAAUAAUUAAUGACACAUGUGAUCCGCUAAGAGCUGCGUCACUCGACGAUGUCGUCGAUGCUGGGCCACGUUCAUUGCCGUCUCUCGAUGACAAUACUUGUAGCAAAAUUAUUUCUAGUUCUAAAGAUACCGCCUGUUCAAAAUUACAGUCGACGUUUAUUGACGGCGCGGAACUCGUUAAAUGUCGUGUUACUACUAGCGGAGAAAUCGUGUCUUCAAGCAGUGCCGCAAAUGUUUGCGGUGCUGGUGGUAGUGUUAGUGGUAGUAUUGGUUAUCUAGGCUCACCAAGGGCCGCUGCCAGUUUGAGUAAUUCACCUCGUUGGCCUGUUAUAAGACACGACAAACCGUCAUCGUCAGUGCAAUCUCGCACACUCGAUCGUAAUUAUAGUUCACGUGAUAUGUCGAUAAGCGACGAGGAGGCAGCACUUAUAGUACCGAACUCUCCAACGAAACGUCGUAUCUCUAAAGUAUCACCGGAGCCACAAUUGCCAGUGAGAAUUGUGCCGGCAAAAGGAAAAAAUUCGUCAUUACCACGAGAUCUUGACGAAUCACCAACAAAAACACGCCGACAAGCUUCUGAAGAUAUUUUACCUGACGCUAAUCAGACUAAAAAUAACCCCGAGUUUGAAAAUUUGUCACGAGUUAAACUGCUGGAUGAUAAGACACGAAGCGCCGAGUUAAUAAUCACGUCUAAAACUCGUCGGCAAACAUUCAAUGACGCGAUUGAGAAAUUCGGUGGGUCCGACUACGGCAGCCGAACUGCGACGACCAAACGUCAGAUAUCCGAAGAUAUUUUAGACAAGACGGAUAAAAAGGACUACAGACAUUUGAAUGAUGAACGUCGCGGUAUUUCAUCGGAUAAUUUAAUUUAUUCACGCGAGACAGUUGUGGGUUCAGCUCCAUCAGCUUCGUCAUUGGGGUAUCAAAGUGGUAGUGAUUCGCCUUUUGCAAAUAGUCAGCCGUCAUCAAACAACAGUCAGGAUAUGUUGCGUGGUACAUUUAAACUUUUGCAUGACAAGUUUGAACUUCAAGAUGUACCUGCCGAAAGUUAUGCUGCUUUCAAAAGACGCACGCGAACAACAACUACUGCUAUUGCCGGAACUUGUACGACAACGACAGUUACAGACUUUCCGAUUGCUACUGAACGAUUUAAAUUUGUUGCCAAGGAAACUACAAUAGGUCCCAUUGUACAGGUAGGAAAGGUCUACGAAAUAAAAAAUAAUAAAACGUCAAAAGUUGUACAGAACAAAAAUGAAAAUCAGGUUAAAGAAAUAACUGAUAAGCAUGACAGCAAAGAAUUACUUUGUUCGAGUACAUCAAUGACACCAACGACGACCUCGACGACAACAGCAAAGUCAGUAUUGAAAAAACAAGAACGGAUUGACAACACAAAUGAUCAGGAGGCCGACGUUGCUGGGUCACUUCGUAAACCUAUGAGACGAAUAUUCCACGAACCCUCGCAAGAAACUAUGGAUCUUCUGACGGAACUAAAAAGAAUAAAAAGUUUGUUGAAGACACCGUCGGAAGAGGGCAAAGAUUGGGAGCUAGAUUGUUUGAGGCCCGCGAGAUUACCGAAGAAAAUUUCACUUUCUGAUAAAGAAUUUUGUCUGUCUGUUGAUCGCGAGAACAGCAUUCGCAGACCCUCGGUAUUGAGGAUUGAUAAUAAGGAAAAGAAGUGGGACAUAAAGGAAGAGGAACAUAAAGAUAAUGAUAAGGACAGAGGCAGAGGCGGCAACGAAGUAGUGAUAGAUGAUAACAAUAAAGAAGGCUGUGUAAUUACAAGUGUUGCAGAGCAUCCAUGCGGACCAGCUUUAUUUGAAAAACGAUGUUUGUCAUUGGAUUACGCUGAUGAUGUUAAGCCAAUUAAACCGGAUGUACGAGCUAUAUCCCUCGCAUCAGCACGUACUCCUAGGUCGGCAACUGACGAGACUAUUGAUUCGUUUUAUCCAGAUAAUAUAAUUUAUGACUCGAAAAAUUGUCUAUCAGAUGUUUUUACUUCGUCACCGCCACCGGGUGAAUCAAAGUCUCGGACUAGUCUUAGUCCAAGUCCUAGUCCUAGUCCUGUUGGUAUAAACAGUGAAAUUUCAAAUAAAGUUUGCAAAAGUGACGACAGAGAAACGGGUAAUAAUUGUUUGGAUGUCGAUAUUGCGAUACCGGUUGAUCAAACCGGGUCUGUAAGUCCCAAAAGAAGGGACAAAAUCCAAGGGAGGACGAGCGAUUUGUACGAAAUUAUUUCCCCGAGGUCUACGCCGUUUCGAGUUAAAAAAAGAUUGGGGAGGAUCUCUGUCGAAGACGGUGUUAAGCCGGAAAGUUUUACUAUUGAUAAGGUCGAUUGUAGGUCAGUCGUAACACAAAAAAAGACCAAGUGCUUCCCCUUGUAACGGCUUCCUCUCGGCCAGCCUGCGGCCGGCGGGUAAAACCAUUUUUUUUUGGCCUUUUUUUUAUAAACGCGGGCUCCGGACCAUUUUUGUAUUUUCUUACUACGUUAAGGAAAUAAUUGUCUUUAUUAUUGUUUUUAUUUGGAAUCAUUUUGAUGAUCGUUUACUUUUUUUCAGACUGGAUCACCAGGUAAUUGUUUUUUUAACUCUAACACGAUUAAUUUGCUCUUUUAACUUUUUGUAUUAUUUUUUAAGUCUUGUCGUAAUUAAUUUACCAAUUAUGUUAUAAAUAAUGUAAUUAUGAUUUAAGAUGUAGAAGACGCUAAUUAAUUUGAUUAGAGUAUUUAUUUUAUUUGGUAAAAAAAAACUGUUUACACUGAGCAGAAAAACGAAUACUUUUUUUGAGUAAAGAAUUUAUUUUUUAAUUUAAUCAAGUGACAAUUCAAAGAAAGAAAAUAAACCAUAGGUUCCAAUAAAUUAUGGAAAUUCCCAUGGGUGUAUAGGAACUGUUUUUAUACAUUAUAAGAAAUAUUACAGUAAUUAUUGGAACCGUUCCCAUAAUAUUAUGGGGGCCAUUUUUAUGCAUUGAGAGAAUGGUUCCCAUACAAAUUUAGUAACGGUUCCAACACUCACAACGAAAUGGUCCUUAGACACUAUAGGAAAUAUUACCGUACUUAUGAAAAAUGUCCCCAUAUAUAUUGGAACCAUUCUUAUCAUGUAUAGGGACCGUUGGCAUUAAAUUGCAGAAAUGGCCCCCAUACUUACGAGACGUCAUCGUAUUAUAUGGGGCCAUUUUUCAUAAAAAAUGAAAAUAAUUUCCAUAAACGUCAAGGAACAGUUUCAUGAUUUUUCCGCUCAGUGUAGAGUUAAUAUUAUAUCUGUUAGUGUACUCUAUUGCGUUGAAAGUAAUUUGUGUUAUUAAAAUAUAUAAAUAUAUAUAUGUGUGUAAAAUAAAUAUAAAUUAUGCUAAUAUAGUUAACGAAUAAAAAUUUACCACUGAUAAAUAAAAAAUGAUAUUUUAAGAACGAGCUCUGCUAAUAAAUAAAAAUAAUAAUUGUAUAUAUUGUAACAAAAUUAUAAUUAUUGUUUUAUCUUUUUAUAAAAUUGACACUGUCAAUUUUCUCGCAAUUUAAAGGAUACACUUUUCUAUAGAAAUUUUAUUGUACUAUACGCGAAAUUAUAAAUUAUAAAUAAUAUAUAAAUAUAUAAAAAAAAAAUAGUUAAAAAUUUCCUACCGACUAGAGAAUUAACACAGCUUAAAUUAAACUCUGUCCAUACUUUAAAAAAAUUUGAGUAAUGAACGUGUAAUUAUUUAUUAAUUAAAAACUACACGGUAUUUAUUAUAUCUUAAUUUUGAAAAUUAUCAUUAUGAAAAAAUGAAAUUAAAGUUACACAGAAAAAAAGGAUUUUUGGCGCGAAAAAUUUUGCACUGUAAACUGAGAUCAAAAAUUUUCUUGGGACAAGAGAUAAUUUCUUGUAUCGAGAAAUUUUUUCUAGUCUUCAGAAAAUUUUUUUUUUAGUGCAAAAUAUUUCUUGCGCCAAAAACUCCAUUUUUUUCUGCGUAUAAUUGAAACAAUCUCAAUAUAUUUCAAAAUAUAAGAAUUUAAAUACGAACCGAAUAAAUUUUAACGAGCAGUGCCUUGUUCACGGAUAUAUUUAUUUAAAAAAAAAUAAAUAAAAUAAAAAACCAACGACACAAUAUAGUUACUAUUAUUAAAAAAGCGGGCCGGAGUUAUUUGAAAGGGUCCACACGAAAUUGUGAUUUUGAUUAUUAUAAUAAAUAAAUUUCAUUUGAUAAAUAUUAUUAAUAAUAAUAAUAAUUAUAAAUAGAUAAAUAAAAUAAAAUCACAAUUUCAUUAAAGAUGCGUCCGCCUGCCAAGUCUUUCAUUUAAGAAAGACGCGUGAUGUCUUUAAAUAAAAAAUUAUAAUAAUAAUAAUAAUAAUAAUAAUAAAUAAAAUAAGCAGAACUUAUUGUUAUAAAUAAAUUUAUUUAGAUGUUUCAGUGUAAAAAAGAAAUUAAACUCUGAAUUUACGGAAAGUAAUUAUAAAUGUAGAUAAAAAAAUAUAUAAAAAAUAAUAAUAAAAUAUAUAUCGUUACAUUGAUCGAAUAUUUGUAUGUAAAUGUUAAGUAUGUUAGGUCCUAAGUGAACGGGUAUUUAUAUUACAUAUAUAUAAUAUAUAUACAAUCCAAGCUCGUUAUAAGCAAUCGUCAGGAAAUAUUUUGCAUUAUGAAUUGAAAACAAAAAUUUUCUCAAGACUAGAAAAAAUUUCCCGGUGUAAGAAAUUUUUUUUCGCCAUAAAAAAUUUUAUUUGCCCCAAAAAAAUUUUUUUACUUAAUUUACAAUACAAGAAAUUUCUUGAGGCAAAUAAAAAUUUUAUUAGGGUGAAUAAAAAUUCGUGGCGCCAAGAAAUCUUUUUUUUUCUGUGUAGGGAAAAAAAUUCUUGAAAAAAUUCGAAAUUAGAGCGUCUCCUUUAUUUUAAUUUUUGACACGAAUUCUACAUGUAUGCGUUACGUAUGUGAACCGCAUCGCGUUAAGAAGUCAAAUAAUCAGUAAUAAUUUCUAAAAAAAUCAAAGAUAAUGACAUAUAAAUUUUCUUUAAUUACAAGUCUGCAUUUAUAAAAUUUUGACAUUUUAUAUAAAAUAUAAGUGAUGUUUAUAACAGCAAGGCAUGAAAUUUGAGCGACCAAAAAAGUGGGGGAGUUUCAAAGACGUAACAAAAAGCGCGACAAGGAGAGUUGCUUAUAAUGAGCUUGAACUGUAUAUAUAUACAUAUAUUUAUUUGUUUACGCGUUCGUGCCAAUAUGCAUCGCCAAUUUCAUGUAAAUUUAAGUGGAUGAAAAAAAAAACAUUGAACACACUAUUAUUAUUUAUGAUUAUAAAUGUCUUAUAGUAUUAGAGUUUGAAGAAAAAUGAAAUUUGAAAAUUCGUGGAUGUAGUUAACGGUGCCAAAAAAAUACACAAACUAUAAAAUGUAUGUUAAUAAUUGUAUGUUACUUUUAUAAUUAAUGAGAUUAAUAUUUAUGUAUUGUGUAUAUGUACAUGGGAAUGAUAUACAAGUAUAUUCACUAAUAUGUAUAAUACAAAAUUUCAUGUGGACGUAUAUUUAUAGAUAGAUAAUUAUUAUUAUCAUCAUUAAUAUAUAAAAUAUUUAUAUUAAUUCUAGAAGAUUGAAUCAUAAAUAUUUCCAUGUUAAUUAAUCGUACAAAUAUUGGUUUGAUUACAGACGAAAAUAUAAAUAUUUAAAUUAUCGAAAUAUCAGCGAAUAUUUAUGAACCAUAAAUGUUAAAUGGUUUUAAAUUUUUUUAAAUAUAUGAUUGUUUUUAGGUAAAAAUUAAUUUAUACAAAUUUGAGAUUAUUGUGUGCAAGGUUUGAAUUUAUUAACUACAAGGUUAAAAAAAAAUUUGAACUUUUAAUUAGUAGAAUAUUAUAUUUAAAUGUUUGAUUUUUAAUUUUACGGCUGAUUUGAAAAAUUUUCACUAAUAAUUAAGAUAAUGUUAGUUCUUACAGUAAUUUUUUGAAAAUUUUGUGAGGUUUUAAUUUGAUUUUAUUGAAUUAUAAAAAAAUUGUCAAUACGAUUUAUAUACGGCACCCAUGAUGACGUUGUUUGGAACAAUUAGCAAUGAAAAAACAAAAUUACAUAUACUUAACAGAACACAAUUUAUAAUCAAUAAAUAAAUAAACUAUCAGGUGAUUUAAACCAAAACAAAGGUUAAUUAUUUAUCCAAUUUAGCGACGUUUCGUUUCCGGGUCAAAAAAAUAACUUGAUUUUGAAUUUUUUGAUUUGGUUAACUUGAUUUUGGCUACACUUACUUUGUUUAACUUCGAUAUGACUUUUUUGAUUUAAAAAUUUAACUCAACUCAGUAAAAUUCAAGUCAAGUUUGAUUUUGAUUUUACUUAAAAAUUUAAGUUAACUAUAUACAAUUCAAAUUAAAGUCAAAAAAAUUAUAGCAGUCAAAAGUAAGUUAAUUAAAUAAAAGGCCAAGUCAAAUAAGUAAAAGAAGUCAAAAUCAAGUUUUUUUUUUGACCCGCGUUGGGUAUCCCAACUUCUUCAGGCCUUGUAUUGAAAAUUGUGUCUUAUAGAUCAACAAAUCGUCGCUAAAAUGAACAAAUAAUCAACCUUUAUUUUGGUCUAAUUACCCGAUAGUUUAUUUAUUCACUGAUUAUAAUUAUGGACCUGAAUUCUUACAAUAACUUAUAAUUAUGUGAGUUAUACUUCAAUUGAUUUAAAAAGUGGCGCUUUUGUGAAAAAAAUUUUCGACCAAACUUUUUUAUUUCGAUCUUGAUAAACAUAUUGAAGUUUCUUUUUCCUCUCAAUAAUCAACUUUUAAUACAACUAUUGUUAUUACAAAUAAAAUCGAGCUCUUAUAAAUUGAACAGCUCGAGCAAUCGUUGCCAGUUUAAAAAGUAAAAGUUAUUACCAGACCACAUUAAAUAACGCGUACUCGGAUUCAAACUUCUAUAAGUUUUUAAAUUUGUAUGAAUUUUUUUUCGUACUUAUUUUUACAAGAAAAAAACCAAUUUAAUAAAUCGUAUUUUUUUGUUAUUAUUAUAAGAAUGUUUCUUAGUUAAUUUUUCAAAUCAAAUUAUAAAAUGAUAUUUAAAGUGUGUUGUUUAUUAAAUUUAUUGUUUGCCAUUAAAUAUUAUCAUAUAUAUUUAUAUAUUUAUAUGAAUGGUUUCAAGCCUAAAAAAAAGUUUAAUUUUCGUUUGUAAUCUAAUUACUCAUAUAUAUUUACUCAUUUAAUAUAAAUAUUUUAAUGUCUAAAGUUUGAGUCGAUACAUAUUUUUAUAUUUUUAUUCAAAAAAAAAAAAAAGAAAACAUAAAGUAACAGAACAGGGUUUAUCAGCAAUUGCAAAAAAUUAUGCUUAAAAUCUACACUUUAUAACUUUUUACCAAAAGCUUGACUUAAAAAAAUUAUCGAUUACUGUUAUUAUUUAAACUUUUACAAUUAAUUUUUUAUAUUUCCAUACUUUACAAUUUGAUACUUAAGCAUAACAGCCAUCCGUCCAACUUUUCGGCUGUUAUUUUAUAUAGAUAAAUAACUAAAAUGUAUCAUACAUACAUAAUCUAUUGUUAUAAUUAAUAGCAUUAAAAAAAAAAUUCAUCAAAUUUAUUUUUUUUUUAUUAAAAAUAUGAAAGUAUGUAUCGAUAAAAUUUUCUCGCGGGCGAGAUUAUUAACUAACUUUACUUUCCAAUGGCCAACUACUUGAUGUUAAAAAUUAAUAAUUAAAAACAUUAAUCACACUAAAAAAAAAUUAUACGCACAUAUACCGUAUAAAAAUAAAUAUAUAUAUACAUCCAGAAAAAAAUGGAUUCUUUAGUGCAAAAAAUAUUUUGCAUCAUAAAAAGAAAAAAAUAAUUACCGUAGGUCAAAUAAAAAUUUUUUGCGCCAAGAAAUCCUUUUUUUCUAUAUAUAUAUAGAUGUAUGCUUGCAUAAUAUGCGUCCAAAUAUUUUCCAGUUAUUUGCAAUUAUAUACAUAAAGUAUAGGAAUUUUACGAAUUUUCUAUAAUUAAAAAUAAAUAUACAUAUAAAUAAAUAUAAAAAAAAAUUUAAUAAAGCCGUAAAAAAAAAUGCAGGAACGCUGAGCGUAUUGACUAUAUUCUAAUUAAAUAUAAUAAAUAAUAAUAUAACUUGGAUUGCUUGACAAAUAUAUGACUAAAAAAAAAGAUUCCACCCAUUUGUAUGUCCGUUAUAAAAAAAUAUAUAACGUAUGUUUAUUUAUGUACGUGUGAUGUGGGUGUAAAUAAUAAAAACAUAAUAUAUACUCUAAUUUUUAUGUAAGACCAAUAAAAUAAUCUGUCACUAUAGUUUUUCUUUAAAUCUUACAUUUGAAUCUGGCCGGAAAUGUUAAAAUUGAUAGAACAAUUAUCGAAAUCUCGCGACUAUGUAAUAAAUAAUUUUUAAAUAUAUAAACACUGUGCGUUAUUUGAUUAUAAAUUUUUUAAAAAGCGUGAUAUGUGACCACUAAAAAAUUACGAUACAAA